UAUUCCAUAUACAUGCGUUUCAAUCACACUUAACCCUAAGAAAUUGUUCACUUUCAUACUUGUAUUUAGCAGAAAUUCUCAGAAUAUAAGAUUCCGUUGUGAGUGUUUCUUCCGGUCGCGCGCGGGAGGUGGAUCCGGUGGCGCGCGCGCGCAUUGAUGAGGAGAUAGUCACACAGCUGUUUUUAGAUUGGCACGCUCCGGCGAACAGGGGGGCGUGGCCUUUCGAGGGGGCGUGGGCGUGGCUUCGAUCAAGCCGCCUGACGGACGGGCUGUUUGGAAGAGGAGCACACAGAGGUCAAAGGUGAAGAGAGAGAGAGAGAGUUGUAAUUCGGAGGAAGCUUCCAGGUGUAAACAGUUUUGGCGGAUUUCGACGUGACGUCUCGCGCGCGAGCAGCCUCUCCGAGUGAGUAUCUCCGUUUUUGUUUUAAGGAUCAGCAGAUUACCACACAGAGAGAGAGAGAGAGGGAUGUUCUUCCUCUUUUUAUGAAAUAAAGUGAAAGAAAGAGGAAUGUUUAGCACUAUUUUCUGUUGUUUCCCUGACUGGAGAAUGAAUGAAGGACUCGGUGAACGUAGGCCCUGUGUUCUGGGUUUGUUCUGGGUUUGUUCUGGGUUCGUUCUGGGUUUGUUCUGGGUUCAUUCUGGGUUCGUUCUGGGCUUUGUUCUGGGUUUAUUCUGGUUUUUUUUCUGGAUUUUGUUCUGGGUUUUGUUCUGGGUUCAUUCUGGGUUUUGUUCUGGGCUUUUAACCGGGUUUGUUCUGGGUUCGUUCUGGGUUUAUUUUCUGGGUUCGUUCUGGGUUUGUUCUGGUUUCAUUUUUGGUUUUAUUCUGGGUUUGUUCUGGGUUCAUUCUGGGUUUUUUCCUGGGUUCGUUCUGGGGUCGUUCUGGGUGUGUUCUGGCCGUGUGAGGGUCGGGUCUUCACCUCUUCACAUCCCUGUAGGACAUUUCACACUGGCAGCCCCGUGCCAGCUGUAGGAGGUCACGUGACGCGCGUGUUCCCCCACAGCUGCAGGAGGUCACGUGAUGCGCGUGUUCCCCCACAGCUGCUGAUCUCUGGCCUUGCAGGAGGAAGUUCACCUGACAUCGUGAGAGGAGGGAGGAGGGGGGGGGGAGAUGGAGGAGCAGGAGAACCCAUUGGAGAGGGACCACUCCCUGUGCGUGGUCCUGCCAGGGGGGCUGAAGGAGAGCACCACGGUGCAUGGAAGUUCAGAGUGCAUUAUGGGAAACGUAGGAUGCAAUGUUUCUAGGAACUACACCGUGGAGCUGCUCUCGCACGACAAGAACCAGGUCGUCUUCAAAGCCAGCUCCCCCGUCGGCUCGCUGGCCGCCGACACCGUGGUGCUGAGGCCCAAGAGCGCCGAGGAGAAGGUCCGCCGGGCCUACGCGCCCCAGCCGUCCGUGCGCCUGCUGAUCAACUACAACCGGACCCACAAGGCCGUGCUGCGGGUGGACCCCAGGGCGCCGCUCCGGGCGCUGCUGCCGCUGGUUUGUGACAAGUGUGAGCUGCCGCUGGAAACCACCGUCUUCCUGAGGGGCCCCGAGUCCGGGGCCCCGCUGGACCUGACGGAGACCCUGAGCAGCCUCGGGCUGAGGGAGCUAUUCGCCAAGGACACGGCGGCCCCCCGGCACCGGCCCGGGGCCCCCGAAGCAGAGCGUCCGCAGAAGAAGAAGCAGAAGGACGGCUCUGGGUUCCUCGGCCUCUUCAGGAGACGCAAGACGAGAGGCGACCCGAGCGGCCCAGCUUCUCCUCCGGCCCCCGGUGGCGUCUCCUCUUGUGACGCCCCGCCGGCCCACAAGCCCAAGAAGAGACAAGCCCCUCGGCCGCCGCAGAGCCCCCCCCACGACCUGGGGGCCGCUCAGGGGCCACAGAGGUCUGCGGAGUCCCCCUUAAGGAGGACCAAGAGGAGGGCCCCCCCCCCACCCUGUGCAGACCGCCACCAGGAGCCGGACCCCCAGGUUGAAGGGACUCUAGACUCCCUGGAUGCUGCGGAGGAAGAAGAGGAGGAGCUGAGGGAAAGCGACGAGUCCAACUUGAACUCCGUAAACCUAUCGCUGCCCUCCUCUUCAUCAUACCCACCUGCGCGGUCCUCCUCCUCCUCCUCUUCCUCUUCUCGCCCAUCAUUCUCUCUCCUCCGUGGCGUGUCCAUGACGGAGCUGUCGGACGCCCGCUGCGCUCUGGCCAAGGUCCUGACGUCCUCCGUCUCCAAGGGAACGCUGGUCCAGCGACUGAGGAACGCCGCCGCCUUCCAGGAGUUCUACAGCGGCGCCUCCUUCGGGCCCCAGAGGGGAGCUGGGCCCGGCGGCCUGAUGCCCGACCCCCCCACGGAGCAGGAGGACCAGAGGAAAGGAAUGACCACGUUCAAGGUGGUUCCCUCCAAGACCGAGAAGUCCGUGGAAGACGACCACGAAGAGUCGGGGAGGGAAGCCAAGAGGACGCCAGCUGAGGCUCGAGAGGAUCCACUUCCUCCUGACUGGUCCAAAGCUCGAGAGGAUCCACUUCCUCCUGACGGGUCCAAAGCUCGAGAGGAUCCACUUCCUCCUGACGGGUCCAAAGCUCGAGAGGAUCCACUUCCUCCUGACGGGUCCAAAGCUCAAGAGGAUCCACUUCCUCCUGAUGGGUCCAAAGCUCGAGAGGAUCCACUUCCUCCUGACGGGCCCAAAGCUCAAGAGGAUCCACUUCCUCCUGACGGGUCCAAAGCUCGAGAGGAUCCACUUCCUCCUGACGGGCCCAAAGCUCGAGAGGAUCCACUUCCUCCUGAUGGGUCCAAAGCUCAAGAGGAUCCACUUCCUCCUGACGGGUCCAAAGCUCAAGAGGAUCCACUUCCUCCUGACGGGUCCCAGGCUCAAGAACCCUCUUCUCUGGACCCUCCGUCUUCUCCUCCGCCGCCGCAUGGCGUAGACCACCAUCUUGGCUCUGAGGUCAGGGAGCAGACGGGAGAAGACGAGCCGGAAGUCCCGUCCGAGGUGAGGCCGGCAGACGUGGAGCGCCGUGGUCCAGACACCGAGGAGGAAGUGGGACAAGGAAAGGAAGAGCAGGAUCGCUUCCCUUCCCCUCCCCCACCCAUCUUCUUUGACGAACACACGGAGGAAACGGAGGAGGAAGAGGAGGAGGACGAUACGACGGCUUCCUCUCGGCCGAAGCCUCCGGACGGGAUGAGGGCGGCCCCGUCCAGGUUUGCCCUGGCAGUGGCGUUGGCCGUGCAGAGGUCCCGCCUCCAGAGCGGCGGGAUAGGUCUAGGCCCCCGGGGCCCCAGCGGUCCACUUCCCUCACCACCCAGGACCCCGUACCAGCACGGUGCCUGAAGUCUUGUUUCGGUGGAGGAGCGAGGACACCGUGCGACCUCCGUGUGACCUCAGCCCGAGGAGACGAGCGCCUCGACACGGUCUCUAACCCUUUUUUUCCCUUUCUUCUACUAUUAUUGAUCAGUUUUUGUGAAAGACGCCUUUUGUUUGUCCGGCCGAACGUCAGGACCCGAGUUGUUGACGGGACGGCGUCCGGUUCUCUUCCUUCUGCUUCCUCUCCACGGCGCCGCCGGAGGGAACGCUUUUUAAACGUGUGUUUUGUGUUUGUGUUCGUGUGAAACCAAAAGGAACGACGUCCUGUAGGACUUCACUCUGAUGGUGCUGACUUUACGCUUUGAGGCUGCAGUUAAACUCUUUUUCUGUUUGACCACCAGGGGGCAGAAGAGCCUCGCUUCUGUUCCUGCAGAGCGAGACGAGCGAGCUUCGUCCUCCAAGUUCUGCUGGAUGCACAUUAUGUAUAAUUUAAGCUAAAUAUUGUUUGUAUAACAACUGAAGAUGAUGAAUGAAAUGAAAAAAAAUGGCAAUAUUUAUAUCUUCUGUCACGUCAAUUAAAAUGUUCCCAGAGAAUAAUAAAAAACAUAUUUAUUGGG